AUGGUGCUCUUCAAGGUCUCACGCGUGGACACCACUCCCUUCGAUGGCCAGAAGCCUGGAACCUCUGGUCUCCGCAAGAAGGUGAAAGUGUUUGUGCAACCUCAUUACCUCCAUAACUUUGUUCAGGCAACGUUCAAUGCACUAACUGAGGAAAAAGUUAGAGGUGCAACACUAGUUGUAUCUGGUGAUGGUCGUUAUUUUUCAAAGGAAGCUAUUCAGAUUAUAACCAAAAUGUCAGCAGCAAAUGGUGUAAGGCGUGUUUGGAUUGGUCAAAAUGGAUUGCUUUCAACUCCUGCUGUAUCUGCUGUCAUACGUGAAAGAGUUGGAGCUGACGGAUCCAAGGCAACAGGUGCAUUCAUCCUGACAGCAAGUCACAAUCCUGGUGGUCCUAAUGAGGAUUUUGGGAUUAAAUAUAAUAUGGAAAAUGGUGGACCUGCACCGGAGGGAAUUACUAACAAGAUAUAUGAAUACACGACAACAAUUAAAGAGUACCUGAUUGCCGCAGAUCUUCCAGAUGUUGAUAUUAGCACAACAGGUGUUACAAACUUUACAGGCCCUGAAGGACCAUUUGAUGUUGAGGUUUUCGAUUCAGCAAGUGAUUAUAUCAAAUUGAUGAAGUCAAUAUUUGAUUUUGAAUCUAUCAGGAAACUGCUGACGUCUCCCAAAUUUACUUUCUGUUAUGAUGCACUUCAUGGGGUUGCUGGAGCAUAUGCGAAGAGUAUUUUUGUGGACGAGCUUGGGGCUCAAGAAAGAUCUUUACUGAAUUGUACCCCAAAGGAAGACUUCGGAGGAGGACAUCCAGACCCUAAUUUGACAUAUGCAAAAGAGUUGGUUGCUCGUCUGGGAUUAGGCAAAUCAGAACCGCAAGACGAGCCCCCAGAGUUUGGUGCUGCUGCUGAUGGUGAUGCAGAUCGCAACAUGAUACUUGGUAAAAGGUUUUUUGUCACUCCUUCAGAUUCCGUGGCCAUUAUUGCUGCAAAUGCUGUUGAAGCUAUUCCAUACUUUUCUUCUGGUUUAAAGGGUGUUGCCAGGAGCAUGCCAACCUCUGCUGCCCUGGAUGUAGUAGCCAAACAUCUGAAUUUGAAAUUUUUUGAGGUCCCCACAGGUUGGAAGUUCUUUGGUAAUUUAAUGGAUGCUGGAUUAUGUUCAGUAUGUGGCGAAGAAAGUUUUGGGACUGGUUCUGAUCAUAUUCGUGAGAAAGAUGGAAUUUGGGCAGUUUUGGCCUGGCUAUCUAUACUUGCAUAUAAAAACAAAGAUAAACUUGAAGAUAAGCUUGUCACUGUUGAGGACAUAGUUCGCCAGCAUUGGGCUACUUAUGGGCGCCAUUAUUAUACUCGAUAUGACUACGAAAACGUGGAUGCAGGUGCAGCAAAGGAACUGAUGGCGUAUUUGGUCAAGCUGCAGUCCUCUCUUUCAGAAGUCAAUGAGAUUAUUAAGGGCGUAAGGUCAGAUGUUUCGAAUGUUGUCCACGCUGAUGAAUUCGAGUAUAAAGACCCUGUGGAUGGUUCCGUCUCAUCACAUCAGGGAAUCCGAUACUUAUUUGAGGAUGGUUCGCGAUUGAUUUUCCGUCUCUCUGGAACUGGAUCAGAAGGUGCAACUAUUCGACUAUACAUUGAGCAAUAUGAGAAGGAUCCAUCAAAGAUUGGGAGACUUUCAAAUGAAGCACUUGCUCCUCUUGUGGAAGUUGCAUUGAAACUUUCAAAAAUGGAGGAAUUCACUGGUCGAUCUGCACCAACAGUCAUUACAUGA